UUCGGAUAUCUAUGAAGUAUAACGGUUCGCCUAGUCUAAACAUGGCGACCGGUGACCCAAGAGCGAUGGCUAGGGAAGCUAAGGACAUUCCACCGGGUUCACUGGUCGCCUGUGUUACCCGAUUUGGCGAGAAAAUAGAGGGAGAAGUUGUAGCCUUUGACUAUGCUUCGAAAUUCAUCGUUAUUAAAACAGAAACACCAACAGAGACCAAAGGAGCAAGAAAAGGAAACCAGGAUGUUAGAAUGUUAAACAUGACCUGUUUACAGAAGUUUAAUAUCAUAGACAUGGGGAGUGCCACCCAAAACCCCCUGCCUCCACUUGAUCUAGACAAGAUAGACAAGAGAAUAAAGGCAAAUAAGUUGGAAAAAAGCCAAGCUAUUGGGAGAGUGGGUGUUGGCGUGACACCAGAGGGCCAGAAAUUGUUUGAUACUAUCGCUAAAACGUUCUCUGAAAUUUCUUGGAAAGAUAAAGAUAUAGUUGUCAUGGACAGAGUAACCAUAGUACCACCAUACAAAGUUGGAAACAUGUCUGGACAUGACGAGAGAUCCUUUACAUACAUCAAAGAAAUAGUUAAAAAGCAUUAUGAGCAGCAAGAACAGACAGAUUCAUCAGCCAAAUAAACAGACGCAGCCCAUAUCACACACAGGACAUAAUUUAUUUUUAAUAGUUAUUUAUGAAUUGCUGUUGGACUUGUUUGAUACCAGAUGCUAGCAAUAAUUUUAGAGAAUCGUCCUUUGGUUGUCUGAAGUAGGAACCCUUUUUUUUAGAAAAACUACUUCAACCUUUUUGAAAUAUGUGCUACUGUGUUACUGAUUUUGUUCCUACUACGUCUUGAACACAAUUUCAGUUGUUAAAGCUAUUUUAUUUCAUUUUUGCUCCUUCAUCCAUCAAUAUUUUUUACGCAAUCCGAAAAAGCAUUCAAGUAUUUUGGAAAGCUCUGACAAAUUAUACAUAUUAGGAUCAAUACUGUAUUCGCUGUCAACAGUUCUAGCACUACUGUAAUGCAUCCAGUUUUACUCGAUAAACUGAGUUUUUUAUCAUUGCAAUAAAGCUUUACAUUUGUUAUG